AUGGAGACAGUAAAAAUUGUGUGGCACGAUCCAGACAUACACAACUCAGAGAAUUCUUUUUAUACAGAAAUCCUUCCUUUUACCUAUGAUUUAAAAGCAUUUUCUGAAGCAGAAGAAACCAUCAGGUUCUUGCAGUCCGAAAAUAAUCCAUGGAUACUGGUGACUUCGGGCAGAAAAGGUGAGGAAUUGGUUAGCCAUGUCUGCGAUAAUCCAAAUGUUAUAGGGAUCAUCAUUUUUUGUAAGAAUAAGAAAAAACACCAAGAAUGGACACAUAUGUACCCAAAAGUAGAAAAAAUAGAAACACAAGGAUUUGAAAACGUCCUCGACCAUGCUUCCAAAAUUUUUAGUACCCGUGUGAUGAAAUCUGCUUUUGAUUUAAGCGAAAAUUCUACAGGAAUAAAGAUUUUGAAUAAUGCAGUCGAUCCAAGUGGAACUUUAAACCAAAGUAGCAGUCCAGACUAUUAUCAUCACAUGCAAAGUGAGCUUGAAAUGAGCUUCUUAAUGGUCAUCAGACUAGCUUUAAAAAUUAAAAAAGUAGAUAGAGAUAAGGUUUUAGCAGAAUUUUUAUCUUUAAAUCCAUCAAACGAAGUUAAAAAUGCUUUUAAAGCAGGUAAAAAAGACUUAAUAAAGUCAAUUGUAUACCUUUACUCAACAAACAUGGUAUUUUUUAUGCUAAAUCAAUGCUAUGCGAGAAAUGAAUACCAUAAAGUUAUGAAUGUAACAGCUGCCUUAAUGUUUGCGUUAAAAGCUAGAGCAGCUUCCUUUAUGCUUAAUGAAGAAACUGCACUUUAUAGAGGCGCAAAUCUUACAGAAGUGCAAAUAAAUGACUAUGAAAUUGGCAAAUCAGGAUUCUGGAGUGCUUUUACUAGUACAUCUAAAAAUGAAGCUGUCUCAAGAAAUGAUGAUUUCGGAGGAAAUGUACAAUUUGAAAUUUACCUGUCAGGAAUAAGACCUCAUCCUCAUAUCGUUAUUCCAGCAGGGUGAUCAAUGGUAACAUCGGAAAAUGAAGUCCUCUUGCUUCCUUAUUUUCCGUUCAAAGUGGAAGCAAUCCAUAAAGAUCUUACUCCCUUUUAAAUUGGAGCAAAUCAUCGAUAAAACUUGCAAUUUUUAGGUACUUUAACCAUGAAAAUACUAAUUUUUAUAAAAUUAUUUUUGAUGGAAAAGUGUAAUUCGAAUUAUAUUUAAAUAAUUUUUCACACUGAAUCGAAUAAUGUUUUUAAUUAAUUUCGAAAAAUAAAUCAAAAUUCAAAGUAUUAUAUUUUUUUAAAAUAUUUAUUGGAAAAAUUUGAUAUAGUUAGUUGCUUGGUUUUAAACAUUGCAACUUGCACAUGGAAUCUUUUCGACGUGUGAAAAGAUGAUUCCACAUGUAAGUUGCAUUGUUCAAAAACAAUCAACUUACGAUAUAAUUUUUUUAAAAUAAAAAAUUAACCCUCUUUAAAAUUUUUUCCCAAUUUAAAGGGGGCUAUUACUGACAAUUACAACACAUAUACAAAAAUAGUUGUCAGGCAAGAUGAAAAUCAUCCUUCCCUUGCACUUGACAGCGAAGUUCUUUUAAAUUACUGACUUGAAAAAAUAUAG